AUGCAAGGGUGUAUCAGGGAGAAAGAUAAAGAUAAAAAAGCACACACCAACUUGAGACAAGGAGAGAAACAUGAGUACAAGGAGAGAGAAUGGUGUAUGAGUAUGGUAAACCCAACAAGGGAUGACGAAAAGCACUCACUCCCUAAAGGGACAAAGGGGGUUGGUGUGAGCAUGGCUGAUGAGGGUGGACAAAAUCACACACUUCCUGUAGACAAGGAGGCAAAGGCUGGUGUGAGUAUGGUGAACAAAGAUAAGGGAGGAAGAAACCACACACUCUCUAGAGACAAGGAGGCAAAGAGGGGUGUGACUACCAUGAUUGUAGAAGAUGGAGGACAAAACCACACACCAACUAGAAACAAGGGGACAAAGGGGAGUAUAAAAGACAGAGGUAUGAUGAAUUCAGAUGAGGAAGGGCAAAAGCACGCACCAACUAGAGACAAGGACAAGACACACAGGAGCAUAUGUAGAUGA